CCAUGUCUUCCCGCUGGGACGCCCCGCCCGCCUCGUCGCCGCCCGCUGCGGCAUCCAGCGAUGCGGCCGCUGCCGCUGCUGCCGCUGCCGCGCGCAUUGCAGCGCAGUACUCGGCCGCCGGUGCCGGCGCCGGCGCUGGCUCGGCCGGCUCGCCGCCGCGCGGCGGUGCCAGCGGGCCGCCGGAGCACGACGCCGAGUUCACCUUCGACAUUGAGAUCAACGACCAGCGCAACCGCUACAUGCUCACCAAGGGCCAGACGCAGCAGCAGCUGCUCAAGGACACGGGCGCCAGCGUGACCACAAAGGGCACGUGGUACCCGGACAAGGCGCUGGCCACCGAGGCGGACCCGCCGCUGUACCUGCACAUCGCCGCCACGAGCCGCGAGAUCCUCGACAAGGGCAUCGAGGCCGUGCGCGAGCUCAUGAAGCAGGAGCUGCCCGACCUGAACCAGGACCCGCGCGUGCGCCGCGAGAUGGAGCGCGGUGCGCCGCGCGAGACGGAGCGUCGCAAGUGGCCGGAAGCCAAGAUCUUCAUCGACCUCGAGCCGCUGCGCAACUUCAAUGUGCGCGCCAAGGUGGUUGGGCCUGGCGGUCUGUUCGUCAAGUACAUCCAGGGCGAGACGGGCACGCGCGUGCAGAUCAAGGGCCAGGGCAGUGGCUUCAUGGACUCGGAGACGGGGCGCGAGAGCGACGAGCGCAUGCACAUUGCUGUCGCCGGACCGGACGAGGCGAUGGUGCAGGCGGGCAAGGUGAUGGCUGAGGACCUGCUCGAUGCCGUGCGCACCGAGUACGGCAAGGCACAUGCGGUGCUCGUGCAGCAGGGCGUGUGGGUGCCGCCGUUCAACGGCGCAGGCAACGCACAGCCGCAACAGCAGCAAUGGCAGGCGCCCGGUGCCGGAGCCAACGGCCUGCCUGCGCAGCCGCAGGGCCAGGCACCACCGCCGCCGGAGGAGGCCGCUCCGCCACCGCCGCCAGAGGAUGCAGCGCCGCCGCCGCCAUCAGAGCCAGCGCCGCCGCCGCCCGCCGAGCCGGCGCCCGUGGUCAAGAAGAAGACGCCCGAGGAGGAGGCGCUCGACAAGUACUGGAACGACUACAAAAAGUGGGAGGACAGCUUCAAGGCGUACCAUGGGCGCCUGCCGAGCAAGGAGGACGGCGGCCAGGACCUGCCGGCGCAGUACAGGUAGUGCCCGAUCACGCUUUCCUUCGUCUCUCUUCUGCCUCGCAUGCUCCUUUUCUCCUCGCCAUGUAACCCAGUAUGCGUUCAUUAAGCGUAUUCGAUGUACAGA